AUGUGCGGCGAGAGAACAUUCAGGUAUCGUCAAUGUAACUGUGUUUUUGUAGCCAGAAGAAGUUUCCAAAAUCAAAGCCAACUUCUACCGUUAGGGGAGACAUCAAUAUGGUGGAGCUGGUGAAGCAGGCUGAGGACGGUGACCCAGUCGGACUCAAAGACGAUCCAUCUUUCUCCAAGAUCCAGACAUUCAUGGCGUGGAUGGUCCUACUCAUUUUCCUGAUUGCCAUCGGAGGAUUGAGCGCCACCAUAUUUGUUUUCACACGAGCUGCCAUCAAACCUGACAUGGCCGCUCUGAGAGCGUCUGCUGCCCCCUGCUGCCCAGAAGGCUGGAUCGCCUCCCAAGGAAAGUGCUACUAUUAUUCUGAAGCGGAAGGGAACUGGAAGUCCGGCCAGAAUUACUGCGCUUCACACGGUGCCUCUCUGGCUGCAAACAGUAGCUUAGAGGCUCUGAAAACUGCAAUGCACCAUAAAGGCGUCUCCAAUCACUGGGUUGGACUCCGGAGGGAACCGGGCCAGCCCUGGAGAUGGGUGGAUGGUGCUGCAUUCAACCACCUCUUUGAGGUCAGAGGAGCCGGACUCUGCGCUUACCUGGAUGAUGGCGUUGUGAACAGCGCGGGCUGCGACACCGAGAGGAAGUGGGCCUGCAGCAAGCCCGACGGACAGACGGGGGGGAAGCAGAGAGACCCAAAGUGUUAAGAGCAGCCAAACUGCAGGCUUAGGCUACAGCGUGACUGUAAUAAUAGCCCCGUGGCGGGAACCAGGUUGGACCUCUCUGGACGACGCCAGAGCAAAUCUUGGCAGUUUACCUCUAACUAACAUUAUUCUCUAAACGUCACCGUCAUAGACUGCGAGGACAGACAGAUCCGUAGUCAUCGAGAAGCCUAGUGCUAACAUCUGACAAUUCUGAAGGAUCUGAUUUUUAAAACAAGUGAUCUUUUUAACCAAGCCACAGGAAAUCAUAAGAACACAAGAACGGCCAUCCUGGGUCAGACCAAAGGUCCAUCUAGCCCAGUAUCCUGUCUUCCGACAGUGGCCAAUGCCAGGUGCCCCAGAGGGAAUGAACAGAACAAGGAAUCAUCAAGUGAUCCAUCCUGUCGCCCAUUCACAGCUUUGGCAAACAGAGGCUAAGGACAACAUCCCUGCCCAGCUUGGCUAAUAGCCAUUGAUGGACCGAUCCUCCAUGUAUUUAUCUAGUUCCUUUUUGAACUCUGUUAUAGUCUUGGCCUUCACAACAUCCUCUGGCAAAGAGUUCCACAGGUUAACUGUGUGUUGUGUGAAGAAAUACUUCCUUUUGUUUGUUUUAAACAUGCUGCCUAUUAAUUUCAUUUGGUGACCCCUGGUUCUUGUGUGAUGAGAAGGAGUAAACAACACUUCCUUAUCUACUUUCUCCACACCAGGCAUGAUUUUAUAGACCUCUAUCAUAUCUCCCCUCAAUCAUCUCUUUUCCAAGCUGAAAAGUUCCAGUCUUAUUAAUCUCUCCUCGUACCUUUUUGCCUCUCACUGCUUCUUUUACUUUGUUGUUUAGCCACUGUGGCACUUUUUUGGUUCUCUUACUGUGGUUUUUAAUUUGGGGUACACCUUUAAGUUGAGCCUCUAUUAUGGUGUCUUUUUAAAGUUUCCCUGCAGUUUGCAUGCACUUCACUUUUGGUGCUGUACCUUUUAAUUUCUGUUCAACUAAUGUCCUCAUUUUUGUGUA